GGGGGGGGUGGGGUCCCGGUCCCCUACCGGAAGUGGCUGUAAUCCCCACUCCCGGGCGGCGCGCGGCUGUGUUCGGAGUUCGGCAUGAGCGUUCUCGCUAGGGCCGGCGCUGGGCCGCUGAGUGCCGCCGCGCGCGCGGUCGUUCCCUGGCUUUGGAGAGGGAAAUACUUCAGCUCUGGGAAGGAGCCGGCAGAAAACAGCCUGGUGACUCCAAUGCUGCGGCAUCUUAUGUACAAAAUCAAGUCCACUGGCCCCAUCACUGUGGCCGAGUACAUGAGGGAGGUCCUGACCAACCCAGCCAAGGGAUAUUAUGUGUACCGUGACAUGCUGGGAGAAAAAGGAGAUUUCAUUACUUCGCCUGAAAUAAGUCAGAUCUUUGGGGAGCUGCUAGGGAUAUGGUUCAUUAGUGAAUGGAUGGCCACUGGAAAAAGUGCAGCUUUCCAACUGGUGGAACUGGGCCCGGGUAGGGGUACCCUUGCAGGAGAUAUUUUGAGGGUAUUCAGUCAGCUUGGGUCUGUACUGAAAAACUGUGACAUUUCAAUACAUCUGGUAGAAGUGAGCCAAAAAUUAAGUGAGAUUCAAGCAUUAACACUGGCUGAAGAGAAGAUCCCAUUGGAGCGAAAUGCUGGAUCUCCAGCAUAUAUGAAAGGUGUUACUAAGUCUGGAAUUCCAAUUUCCUGGUAUCGAGAUCUGCAAGAUGUUCCAAAAGAGUACAGCUUUUAUCUUGCACAUGAAUUUUUUGAUGUUCUUCCUGUGCAUAAGUUUCAGAAAACACCACAAGGAUGGCGAGAAGUAUUCAUUGAUAUUGAUCCACAAGUUUCUGAUAAACUGAGGUUUGUUUUGGCGCCUUGUGCCACUCCAGCAGAAGCUUUCAUACAAUGUGAUGAAACAAGGGAUCACGUGGAAGUGUGUCCUGAUGCUGGUGUUAUUAUUCAGGAACUUUCUCAGCGCAUUGCACUAACUGGAGGUGCUGCACUGAUUGCUGAUUACGGUCACGAUGGAACUAAGACAGAUACCUUCAGAGGGUUUUGUGGCCACAAGCUUCAUGAUGUCUUAAUUGCCCCGGGAACAGCAGACCUAACAGCUGACGUGGACUUCAGUUAUUUGCGCAGAAUGGCACAGGGAAAAGUUGCUUCUCUGGGUCCAGUACAACAACAGACGUUUUUAAAAAAUAUGGGCAUUGAUGUCCGGCUGAAGGUUCUUUUAGAUAAAUCAGAUGACCCAUCCAUGAGGCAGCAGUUACUCCAGGGUUAUGAUAUGUUAAUGAAUCCUAAGAAGAUGGGAGAAAGAUUUAACUUUUUUGCCUUGCUACCUCAUCAAAGACUUCAUGGUGGAAGUCAUCAGAUGAAUGCACGUCAGUCAAAACCCUCUCCAUCACCUGUAGCUGGGUUUGGUGAACUUGUUUGGCGGUGAUAUUUCAGUUUGGGCUUUUUACCAAGUCUGCCUAAGAAACCAAAGCAAAGGGAACACACUUCAUAUAUCACAGGUAAAAUAAGUAUUGAAAUAUUUUCUGUUUUCACUGCCAAUGAAAAUGGCCCAUCUUAUAUACAGUACAACUAAACUUUGAAUUUUAAGGUUAUCUCUGAUUCUUGGUACAAUUGUGUGUUCUCAACUUAAUGAAACAUGGUAUUUGUAAAACUGAGUUUCUUUUAAUUAAUAAGGCUAGUUGCUGUAUUUUCAUUUUAUUUUAAAAAGUAAACAUGAACACCAAUAGGUUGUUUCCAGUUUUUAUUAAACCAAACUGGCCAUUCACAGGAGAUUGAUUAAAUAGAACUUCAUGUAGUGAAGUAGAGCAAUGUUCUGACAUAGAAAGAUCUCUAAGAUUUACUAAGUGAAAAAAGUAGAGUGCAAAAUGUUUUGUAGUUAUGAUUCCAUUUUUGUUGGAGAAAAGCUAAAUUUAAAGAAAUGCUUAUAAGUAAUUUCAUGGAAAUUAAUAUAUUAGUGCAGACUAGCUGUUUUCUAUUUUGUGAUAUUUGCUUGUAUAUAAAAAGUAUGGAAAAGAUGCCCAUUAAUCACUAUUAAAUUUCCCAAUCUGGAAGUGCGUUUGAGGC